GAUGACUGAAAACUGCAAGUUAACCAGUAAAUUUUCGUUUCACAAUAUCGGUUUUGGCGUUAACUUUUGGUUAACCCCCCAAUUUGUUAACUAUAACUUAAAGUAUGGGUUAACUACCGGUUUUGUAAAAUCUAACCUAUAAAAUUUUAUCUAAACCCGUAAAUUUUAUUGAGUUAGGAUUCAGGAUUUACUUCGAAGAAGUUUAAAAUGAAUGAUUAUGAAAUAAAUGCAUAUAGCAGCGAAGAGGAAUUAAUAGAGAAUGAAGCAAGGCCUAGAGUAUUUCGAAGGAGACCUAAUUAUUUUGAAAUUUAUGAUCCACAAGACUUUUUUGUGAGAUUUAGAUUAAAACCCAGAACAGUUGAAAUGUUGUUGGAGGAACUUGACGAAGCAAUCAGUCAUCCAACAGAAAGGAAUCUCGCUUUGUCUGCAAGUCAACAAUUGUUGUUAACUUUAAAUUUUUUUGCAAAUGGCUCCUUUCUUAGAGUUACUGGAGACUUUCAAGGAGUUAGUGCUGCAACAGCUAGUCGAACAGUGCACAGAGUGUCUCGAGCCAUAACUGCGUUACGUCCAAGAUAUAUUCAAAUGCCAGAAGGGGAAGAAAUUGCUUUAGUCCGGCAAAAAUUUUAUAAUAUUGCUCGUUUCCCAAGGUGCAUUGGGGCACUAGAUUGUACUCAUGUCAAAAUAAUCUCUCCAGGGGGUAACAAUGCUGAGGUCUUUCGCAAUAGGAAGCAGUUUUUUUCCUUAAAUGUGCAAGCUAUCACAGACUCUAAUCUAAAAAUUAGAAAUAUAGUUACUCGAUGGCCAGGGUCAACCCACGACUCUUAUAUUUUUCGAAAUAGUAAUAUUUAUGCUGCAUUAGAAAGAGGUAUUUAUGGUGAUUCACUUUUAGUCGGAGAUAGUGGUUAUCCUGUUAGACCCUACCUGAUGACACCACUUCAUGAAACUAGAAAUGAGGCAGAAGCUCUCUAUAAUGAGUCACAAAUUCGAACCAGGAAUGUAGUUGAACGGACAUUUGGUGUUUGGAAGCGAAGAUUUCCAGCACUAGCAAUGGGUCUUCGACUUAAUAUCGGUACCACACAAGCCGUGGUUGUUGCAACAGCUAUCCUGCAUAACAUUGCUUGCAAUGUAAACGAAAACGUUCCACCUGUAAAUGCAGCUCAAGAAGCAGCAAUUGAUUUUAUACAGGAUAUACCUAUUAUAAAUGAGGAUGAAGCUCAUCAGUAUGUGGGCCGAAUUAAUGAUAAUAAUCGUGCAAGGUACAAUUUGAUAUAUAAUUACUUUAGAAGACUAUAGCCUACAAAUUGAUGUGUGAGUACUUUCCAUCAUGGUCACUUAGGACAUAAUGGAUUACCUUCAAGAAGUAAAACUGAACUGAAACGUGUUGAGUGAAUGUUCCUAGUUAUAUACCUGCCUGUUUCUUACAGUUUAAUAAAACUAAAUAGAUAUCUGUACAAUUUUAUAAUUUUUACAGCACUCUGCUAAAAUAAAGAUUUAAUUUGGAA